GAAACUUGAGGGUGAGGAUACCCUUCUGGAGGAGCCCCUUUUGAAUGGUAGUACAUGUAGUGGAGGUACUAGUCUAGAGUCAAACAAACCUAGAGGAGAUGCUACUGUAACCCCUUACUCGAAUGCCAGCAUUUUUAGUAAUCUUUCUUUCUCUUGGAUGACUCCCUUGAUUGCCUUGGGGAAUAAGAAAACUUUAGACCUCGAGGAUGUUCCUCAACUUGAUUGCCGUAAUUGUGUGGUUGCUGCAUUUCCAGUUUUUAGGGAUAAUCUUGGAUCAGAUAGGGGUGAAGGGAGCAGAUUUACGAUAUUUAGUCUGGUCAAGGCACUAUUCUUUUCGGUUUGGAAAGAAAUUCUUUUGACAGCUUUCUUAGCGUUUGUAUAUACAGUGGCUUCAUAUGUUGGCCCCUAUCUUAUUGACACUUUUGUUCAGUACCUCAAUGGGCGUAGGCGAUACAAAAAUGAAGGGUAUGUCUUGGUCAUAACAUUCUUUGUUGCAAAGCUUGUGGAGUCUCUAUGCCAAAGACAUUGGCUCUUUAGGUUGCAGAAGGUUGGAAUUACCAUGCGUGCUGUACUUGUUGCAAUGGUCUACAACAAGGGUUUGGCCCUCUCGUGCCAGUCAAAGCAAGGUCACUCUAGUGGGGAGAUCAUUAAUUUCAUGACAGUUGAUGCAGAGAGGGUUGGUGACUUCAGUUGGUACGUGCAUGAUUCAUGGAUAGUGGUCUUGCAAGUUGCUUUGGCCUUGGCGAUCUUGUAUAAAAAUCUUGGGCUAGCAUCAAUUGCGGCUUUAAUUUCAACCAUAAUUGUUAUGUUGUUGAAUUUGCCAUUGGGAAGAUUUCAAGAGAAGUUUCAGGAUAAUUUGAUGGAAUCAAAAGAUAAAAGGAUGAAGGUGACAUCCGAAAUUUUAAGGAACAUGAGGAUUCUCAAGCUUCAGGGAUGGGAAAUGAAGUUCUUGUCUAAGAUUGUAGAGCUGAGGAAUGUUGAGACUGGAUGGCUAAAAAAAUUUCUGUACUCUUUGGCUCUUACAAAUUUUGUUUUCUGGGGUGCACCAAUUUUUGUAUCUGUAUCCACAUUUGGUGCUUGUAUCCUUUUGGGAAUCCCACUUGAGUCAGGAAAGAUUUUAUCUGCACUUGCAACAUUCAGAAUUCUUCAACAGCCUAUCUAUAAUCUUCCUGACACAAUUUCAAUGAUGGUUCAGACCAAGGUUUCUCUUGAUAGAAUUGCAUCGUUCCUUCGUCUUGAUGACUUACAGGCUGAUGUUGUAGAGAAACUUCCUAGAGGUCUUUCAGAGACAGCAGUAGAAAUGGUUGAUGGAAAAUUCUCCUGGGAUGUGUUGUCCCCUAAUCCAACUCUGGAAGAUAUAAAUUUCAAAGUGUUUCAUGGCAUGAGAGUAGCUGUUUGUGGCACUGUUGGAUCAGGUAAGUCAAGCUUGUUAUCGUCUAUCUUGGGAGAAGUACCAAAAAUUUCAGGUACUCUUAGGGUAUGCGGAACAAAAGCUUAUGUUGCUCAGUCUCCUUGGAUUCAAAGUGGCACGAUUCAAGAGAAUAUUUUGUUUGGCAAGGAGUUGGAGAGGGGACUUUAUAAUAAGGUUCUUGAUGCAUGUUCCCUAAAGAAGGACCUGGAGGUUCUCCCGUUUGGUGACCAGACAAUCAUAGGGGAAAGAGGAAUAAAUUUAAGCGGUGGUCAGAAGCAAAGAAUACAGAUUGCUCGUUCUCUCUACCAAGACGCUGAUAUCUAUCUGUUUGAUGAUCCUUUCAGUGCUGUUGAUGCACAUACUGGAUCCCAUCUAUUUAAGGAAGUUCUACUGGGUCUUUUGAGUUCAAGAACAGUGGUUUAUGUUACUCAUCAAGUUGAGUUCUUACCUGCUGCUGAUCUAAUCUUGGUUAUGAAAGAUGGAAGGAUUACCCAGGCUGGGAUGUAUCAAGAUCUUCUUGGUUCAGGAACUGAUUUUAUUGAACUAGUAUCUGCACAUAAGAAAGCAAUGUCUGCCUUUGACUCCGUCGAGGAAGGAUCCGUCUCCCAAAAUGCAAAUAGCAGUAAAGACGAUGGCGGUGUGAGUAUUGCUAAUGGAAAUAUGCAGAAUGAAGAUAAUGAAACUCAGAGUAGCCAAACAGCUGAUUCAGCUGGGCCAAAAGGACAGCUCAUUCAAGAAGAAGAGAGAGAGAAAGGUAGAGUUGGGCUUUCCGUUCAUUGGAAAUAUAUCACAACAGCAUAUGGAGGAGCUCUUGUGCCCUUUAUAUUGUUGGCACAGAUUCUCUUUUUGGCUCUUCAAAUAGGAAGCAACUAUUGGAUGGCCUGGGCAACUCCGGUUUCUGCAGAUAUGAAACCCGCAGUUAAGAACUCUACGCUUAUAAUUGUGUAUAUAGGUUUGGCAGUUGGAAGUUCUUUUUGCAGCCUUGCAAGAACCACUCUUCUUGUAACAGCUGGGUACAAAGCUGCAACUCUACUCUUUAAUAAAAUGCACUUGUGCAUCUUCCGAGCCCCCAUGUCUUUCUUUGAUGCCACCCCAAGUGGACGAAUCCUGAGCAGGGCUUCAACGGACCAAAGUGCUUUAGAUAUGACCAUUCCGUAUCAAGUUGGGGGGUUUGCCCUCGCUACAAUCCAGCUCCUAGGCAUCAUCGCAGUGAUGUCUCAGGUUGCAUGGCAGGUUUUCCUUGUUUUUAUCCCUGUCAUUGCUACUAGCAUCUGGUACCAGCAAUAUUACAUAUCUUCAGCACGAGAGCUUUCGCGAUUGGUUGGAGUAUCUAAAGCUCCUGUGAUACAGCAUUUUACUGAAACGAUUUCAGGAUCAACAACUAUCAGGAGCUUUGAUCAAGAGACAAGAUUCUGCAACACCAAUAUGAAGCUCGUUGAUGCCUAUUCUCGGCCAUUGUUCCAUAGUGCAGGUGCAAUGGAAUGGCUAUGCCUCCGCCUGAACAUGCUAUCUUCUAUCACAUUUUUGUUCUCCUUGAUUUUCUUGAUCUCUAUUCCAGAUGGAGUUAUUGAUCCAAGCUUUGCAGGCUUAGCUGUGACUUAUGGACUCAAUUUAAAUAUCUAUCAAGCAUCGCUGAUAUGGAAUCUUUGUAAUCUCGAGAAUAAAAUUAUAUCAGUUGAAAGAGUACUGCAAUACAUGAACAUUCCUAGUGAGCCACCUCUUCUGAUAGAAGAAAAUCAACCUGGCCAUUCCUGGCCUGAACAAGGAGAAGUUGGUAUCUAUAAUCUCCAGGUUCGUUAUGCCCCACAUAUGCCACUUGUGUUACGAGGUUUAACUUGCACUUUUCAAGGAGGGAUGAAAACUGGAAUUGUAGGAAGGACAGGAAGUGGUAAAUCGACUCUCAUUCAAACACUCUUCCGAAUUGUUGAACCUUCAGCUGGUUUUAUUACGAUAGAUGGCAUAAAUAUCUCAACUAUUGGAUUGCAUGAUCUACGAUCAAGGCUGAGCAUUAUUCCUCAAGAUCCAACCAUGUUUGAAGGCACUGUUCGAAGCAAUCUGGACCCUCUUGAAGAGUACACAGAUGUGCAGAUUUGGAAGGCUCUAGAUAAGUGCCAGCUUGGAGAUGAAGUUAGGAAGAAGGAAAGGAAGCUAGAUUCACUAGUAACUGAGAAUGGAGAGAAUUGGAGUAUGGGUCAGAGGCAACUGGUCUGUCUUGGAAGGGUACUACUUAAGAAAAGUAAGGUGUUGAUACUUGAUGAAGCCACUGCAUCCGUCGAUACUGCAACUGAUAAUCUAAUUCAGCAUACCCUUCAUCGAUACUUUUCUGAAUGUACCCUCAUAACCAUUGCCCACAGAAUAACUUCUGUACUUGACAGUGACAUGGUUCUGCUUCUAAGUAAUGGUCUUACUGAGGAAUAUAAUUCUCCAUCCAGAUUAUUGGAAGACAAGUCUUCAUCUUUUGCACAGCUUGUAGCUGAGUACACAAUGAGAUCUAAUUCUAGUUUUGAGAAAAAGUAAUAAUGGGUGUACUCUGCCUUGAUAAAGCACGUGUUUGAUUGCGAAAUUUUAUUGAUGAUGACGAAACUAAUAGCAUAUUUUGAUACACAUUCCAUUAUAGAUACCAUGAAACUUGAAUUUUUGUUCUCAUCAAUAAUAGUGGACUUCAUUUGAGGAUUACUAAUGUAAGAUAUUACUGAUCACAUUAUUUGUCUUUUAACUCUAGUCUGAGUUUAUACUUCUAU